AGUGUAAACUCUAGCAGGGCUGGAGCAAACAUUGGAUUAUAGGCAGUGAGCCUGCCAGGCAGAGGAGUACAGGAGACAGGAGCGGGAGGCACACGGAAAGCAGGAUGGCUUCAUCUCAAGGGAAGAACGAGCUGAAAUUCGCCGACUGGAUGGCAACUUUGCCAGAAAGCAUCCACAGCGUCCCCCUCACCAAUUUAGCGAUCCCAGGAUCUCAUGAUUCCUUCAGUUUCUACAUUGAUGAAGCUUCUCCAGUAGGACCCGAGCAACCAGAAACUGUCCAGAAUUUUGUCUCUGUGUUUGGAACUGUGGCCAAAAAGCUCAUGAGGAAAUGGUUAGCAACUCAGACGAUGAAUUUUACUGGUCAGCUGGGGGCCGGGAUCCGGUACUUUGACCUCCGAAUUUCCACCAAGCCCAGGGACCCUGACAAUGAGCUUUACUUUGCUCAUGGUCUGUUCAGUGCCAAAGUGAAUGAAGGUCUGGAAGAGAUUAAUGCCUUCCUCACAGAUCACCACAGGGAGGUGGUCUUCUUGGACUUCAACCACUUCUACGGAAUGCAGAAAUACCAUCACGAAAAACUCGUCCAAAUGCUGAAAGACAUCUUUGGGAAUAAAAUGUGCCCAGCAAUUUUUGCCCAUGAAGUGAGUCUGAAGUACCUGUGGGAGAAAGAUUACCAAGUCUUGGUCUUUUAUCACAGCCCAGUAGCUCUGGAGGUGCCCUUUCUCUGGCCUGGGCAGAUGAUGCCAGCUCCCUGGGCCAACACAACAGAUCCUGAAAAACUGAUCCAGUUUCUCCAGGCGUCCAUUACUGAGAGAAGGAAGAAGGGUUCUUUUUUUAUAUCUCAGGUGGUGCUGACCCCUAAAGCUAGUACUGUGGUCAAGGGGGUAGCCAGUGGUCUCAGAGAAACAAUCACAGAAAGAGCUCUCCCAGCCAUGAUGCAUUGGGUCCGGACUCAGAAACCUGGAGAGAGCGGCAUCAACAUUGUCACUGCUGAUUUUGUAGAACUUGGGGAUUUUAUCAGCACGGUCAUCAAACUCAACUACAUCCUUGAGGAAGGAGAAGCAGACACCACUUGAUAGUACUGGCCAUGCAUAAGAUAGAGAAGACCAAUUGUAUUAGGCAUAUUAUCUUAGAACAUAUUGAUCUUCUUAUGCCACUGAAUCUUGGAAGUGUUUAGGGCUUAGGGUGGGUGGGAAAAAGGGGAGGAACACUUUUUUUUUAGUAACUCUCAUCAUGAUCUGCACCUCUAUAAAUAUUUCAUGUCCCCAUUUGAAAAACCAAGUCUAUUCUUGUAUCUAGUGUUAGGGAUAGAAAAGACCUGUUCAAUGUUUAUCACAAUUAAUCGCUGUGGCUUGUAUUUAUGAGUGUCUGUUUAAAUUGCAUUUUCUACUUUCAAGAUUAAGAUCCAUGCUCCAUCCAACAUGCCUCACCCAUUUAUCAAAAGCAGCAUAGGGCAUGCAACAAUUUGUAGACCUGACAUGAGACUGAUUCAGUUAGAUGUAAAUUACUGGCUUUUGGAGACUUAAUAAAAUGUGAAAGGCCUGCCCAAUUUUGUAGUUAGAUGGCUGGUCAGUCACAGCCCCCCAGGUUUGACCCAAUAGAAAAUAUGCAUUAAUAAUACUUCCAGCAUCAGUAUACUCAGACACCAUAAUCAUUGAUGAGUGUGUGUGUGUGUGCGUGUGUGUGUGUGAAAGGAACAGGAUAUGCAGUAUUUCUAUUUAAGGCAGCUAUAAAUAUAGAGUCAGAACUUCUUCUGACAAAAACCUGAGUGCCAAUUCCACAGCAAAAAAUAAUAAUAAAGGGAGAGGGAGAUGUUGAUUUAUGUGUAGGGAAUCCCUUUAAAAAAAUAAUGCCCAUCUUGCCAUUGCCUGGAAAUGCUAGAUCACCACAAGUGACAAGAAAUCAAGACACUCUUCCUUACCAGAACUCUUUGAAGACCCCAUCUUCUACAUAUUUCUCUGCUAAGUCAAUAAAUAUCUGAUUAAAAAAAAACCAAGAAUAUAGCAGUGAAAUAAAAACCUAAGUUAGCUGAUUAAAUCUCAAUAACUUCAAUGAAUCGCAAAUGGAAGAUUAACUUUCCUGUUGCCCAUAGAUUUUUCAAGAAGAUCAGAUCCAAGUUUCAAGAACAAAUUAAGCAACAAUUAAUCCCAAGUAAAUCUGUAUUUCCUAAUGAGCAUUUGCAGGACAUAGUACCUGGGGAAACAUGAGUUGAGUUUUAGUCUUUCAAACUGGAGAUCUCAUAGAGACAGAGGAAUGGCGUGCAGACUAGAGUAGUGGUUCUCAAACUGUGUUCCCCGGCACACAUGAGGCAGGUCCCAUGAGUUAUUUCUGGGGCUUCAUUGAAAUAAAGUAUUGUUCUGGCAGUCAUAUUUAAUUGGCAUCUGACCCAUUACUCUUUGUCCACCUUUUAUCAGGGACAGGCAAAAGAACAUAGAAGGCUUCCACAGACUUAAAAAGUAAAAACCACUGGUCUAGACAGUGCAGGACCAACCAAGGAUGGUCCAGCAUUGCCUGCACCAGAAGCUUUUAAGUACGACCUUGGGCAAAUCAUUCGACCUUUUAGGAUGCCUUUUUCCCAAAUUAUAACCCAUUCUAAAAAGGCAGCAACCUUUUCUCCAACUGUCUCGGCAGGCAACUUUGAAGAUAAAAUUAACAAAACUCUCUAAAUUCUUCAGAAAAAGAAAUCUUGGUAUUGUUGUUGAGUCAUUUCAG